AGGCCCAAGAAGCACAUCCGGGAGGGAAAAUGCGUUGCGGACUCCUGUGCCAAUUCCUGUGGCUUUGGCCCUAUCUGUUCUGUACAGAAGCUGCGCCCAUCCAAAAAGUCCAGGAUGACACCAAAACCCUCAUCAAGACGAUUGUCACCAGAAUCAAUGACAUUUCACACACGCGGUCAGUCUCCUCCAAACAGAGGGUCACCGGUUUGGACUUCAUUCCUGGGCUCUACCCUGUCCUGAGUUUGUCCAAGAUGGACCAGACAUUGGCGAUUUACCAACAGAUCCUCACCAGCCUGCCUUCUGGAAAUGUGCUCCAAAUAUCUAAUGACCUGGAGAACCUCCGGGACCUUCUCCGCCUGCUGGCCUCCUCCAAUAGCUGCCCCUUCCCCCGGACCAGGGGUCUGAAGACCUUGGAGGGCCUGGGUGAUGUCCUGGAAGCUUCACUCUAUUCCACAGAGGUGGUGGUCCUGAGCAGGCUGCAGGGGUCUCUGCAGGACAUGCUACAGCAGCUGGACUUCAGCCCUGGGUGCUGAAACCUUGAAG